UUUUUUGUUAUGAAGUGUCAAUUCCGCCAAUUUUAAUAAUUUGAUUAAUGAAAUAAUAAUUAUACAAAUAAUAAUUGCAUUCAAAAUGAGCAAACGUGCCGCAGGUUUUGUCAUAUUUCGACGUUUAUGUGAUCAAAUACAAUUUUUAUUAUUACGUGCUUCAUAUGGGACAUAUCAUUGGAGUGCACCCAAAGGUCACGUAGAUCCUGGUGAAGAUGACUUUACUACUGCAUUGCGGGAAACACAAGAAGAAGCCGGUUAUUCCGAGAAUGAUCUCAUAAUCUAUAAGGACUCUUGUAUGACGCUUAAUUAUAAUGUAAAUAAUAAACCAAAAAUUGUGGUCUAUUGGUUAGCAGAAUUAAAAGAUCCUCAAAAGGCACCAACGCUAUCAGAUGAGCAUACCGAAAUGAAGUGGUUACCAAAAGACCAAGCUAAAGAAAUUGUAGGCUUCGCAGAUAAUCAACAAAUGAUUGAACAUUUUUACCAAUACAUUAUGAACAAGAAAUAAAAUUAA